AUGUCCCUGACAAGCGAUGAAGUGAACUUUCUGGUGUACCGAUACCUGCUGGAGGCAGGCAAGUGCUUCACGCACGCGGCCUUUGUGUUUGGCUGCGAGAGCAGCGUGAGCAAGGCGGGGAUCAAUGGCAAGGAGGUGCCCGUCGGCGCCCUCGUGUCGUUCAUCCAAAAGGGCUUCCAGUACAUGGAGCUGGAAGCCAACCUGAAUGAGGAGGGUACCGACGUGUACGGCGAGUACACGCCCCUCACCGCGCGCGACAUCCUGGUCAAGGACAUCGAUGAGCUGCGGGUGGCGGUGCGGGAGAUGAAGGAGGCGGCGCAGCAGGAGCAGCAGGACUUCUUGGCGGCGGGGCCCAAAGACAUCCCCGACGCCGCGGUGCGGCGGCUGGCGGGCCACGGCUCCGAGGUGACCAGCGUGACGUGGUGCCCCACCAGCAACCUGCUGGCCUCAGCCUCCAGCGACGGCACAGCCCGCAUCUGGGACCUCGCAGACGGCGGCGGCGGCGGCGGCGGUGGCGGCGGAGGCGGGCGCGUGGCGGUGUGCCGGCACACGCCGCAGGGCGGCGCGCCUGUCGCGGACCUCACCUGCGUGGAGUGGUCCCCGGACGGGCAGCAGCUGGCCACCGGCGCCACCGACAACGCCGUGCGGCUGUUCAGCAGAGAAGGCGUGCUGAAGAGCACACUGCAGGGGCACCGUGGCAUGAUCAUGUCGGUGCGGUGGAACAAGAAGGGCGACCUGCUGCUGUCAGGCUCGCUAGACGGCACGCUGGUGGUGUGGGACGCCAAGGCGGGCAGCCAGCAGAAGCAGUACGGGCACCACACCGGCUCGGUGGUGGACGCCGACUGGCGCAACAACACCAUGUUUGCCAGCUGCUCCCAGGACGGAUCCAUCGCCGUCUGCAAACUGUCAGACAGCAAGCCGCUGCGCCACUGGCAGGGCGCCCACAGCGCGGACAUCAACGGCGUGCGGUGGGAGCCCUCCGGCAAGCUGCUGGCGUCCUGCAGCGACGACGGCAGCGUCAAGAUCUGGCAGGCGACGGCGGAGAAGCCGGUGCACUCGCUGGCAGGGCACGUGGGCCCCGUGACGGCGGUGCGGUGGGGCCAGAGCAGCAGCGGCAAGUGCCAGCUGGCUUCGUGCGGAGAGGACGGCAGCGUGCGGGUGUGGGACGCAGAGGCGGGGGCGUGCGUGCACGUCUUUAACGAACACGACACGGCGGUGAGCAUCAUCGCGUGGAGCCCAGACGCGACAUACCUUGCCAGCGGCGACGCGUCUGGGCGGCUGCUGGUGUGGAGCCUGCGCACGGGCGGCGUGGUGCGGGCCAUGCAGGUGCCCGCCAUCAUCUACGACCUGCGCUUCAACCGGGACUCCUCCCUGCUGGCCUGCUGUACCAGCGAGGUGCGGCCCAUCUUGGUGGCCGACCUGCGGCGGGCCGCGUGA